UAGCUUCACUAUCGAUAUAUUUUUAGGUUUAAACAGCAACACAUCGCCAUUCAGUUAAAGAAAAGAAAUAAAACAGGUCAAUAAAUAUGUCCACUGACAAUGUACCUCUAUUAUCCGUUAAUGUGCCGUCUGCGGUGCAGUUCGGCGUUAGCAAAGAGUUUCAACGACACACCGAACAAAAAGAUUUAGAUAGUGCAUUUCUGGGCUAUGAAAGACGUCCGUGGAUGCACGCAAAGCCUAAGUCUAAUCUCCACAUGGAACGCGAGGCGAUAAUAGCUCUACUUGCCAAAUCCAAGCAGGAUUAUUCGAGCAGCGAUGACGUGAACAAACUGCUCGAGGAGCAUAUUAGCUUUCGUGAUUUGGCGUCACUCACGGAUGAAGACCUAGAACUGUUUGGCUUUACAGCGAAGAAGGAGCGUACAGAAUUUCUCAAAAUGUUCGCAAUGAUGCCCAACCAGGAUCCUAGUUAUGAAUACAUUUGCCAAUCGAAAGCCGCGCACGGCUAUAAUAAUCAAAUAGUUGGCAAUGCAGCCAAUCACAUAAUGUACCUGCGCUCCUCCUUGGCAGCCACUAAUUAUAAAAUGCAGGUUCUGCCGCCAGAGGAUUUGAUAGUAGGCGACAAACGCUAUGCGAGUCGCUUUGCCCUAGAAGCCUUAAAUAGCGUGCAAACAAUUUCGGAGGAGCUAAAUAAGGAUUUGCGUAAACUGCAGCAAUUACAACUGGCCAAGAAUUGUAUACAAAGUGAACAGCAGGCGAGCGACUCUCCCGCCAAGGAGCGCAAUCUUAAGCUUCUAUACUUCACGGCCAUUGCCUUAGGCACAGCUUGCGCCUGGUUCUGGUGGUGGUCGAAACGCAGUCACAGUCCUAAUCUAGAGAACAUUUCAGUAAAAAUCUAAGACAUUCCGUAUUAUAUUUACAUAU